CCGGUUUGCUUCGUUUCAAAUUUCGUCUCCUUCUUCGUCUUCGUCUGAAUCUCUCUCUCAAAGGUAUUACCUUUUUGCGAUUAUGGGAGAGAUCAACGAUGACUGGAGAAGCGACCUCGAUAUCUCUGGGCUUAGUCUGAUGGACGAAGACGAUAGCCUCCUCUUCCCUGAUCCCUCCACAGAGGCUGAUAAGGAAGACAGAGGACUUGAUUUAUUUGGGGAUAUAUGUGAUUGUGAUGAUGAAGAGGAAGAGGAAGUGAUGCAGCCUAGUGAGCUUGAUAAGGUGAUGAAGUAUAACCUGAGAAAGAGUCUUGCUUGGGACAAAGCCUUUUUCACCAAUCCAGGUGUUUUGGAACCUGAUGAGCUGUCUAAUAUGAUUGAAAGCAAUCAUGUGGGUGAAAAGAAGAAGAUUUUGGGGACUAUACAAGAGGAUGUGAAGAGAUCAACGGAGUCUAUUUCUACAUUGAAGAGUGACUGCACUGUGGAGACGAGUCAGGAGGAUUGUGUUUUGUUUGAGGAUGUAAGAGCGUCAAUCCAUAGGUCUGCUGUAUCAAUUGAUGAUGCUACACCUGAUAGGAGUAAGGAGCUGGGAGAAAGAGAGGCAGUUGUACAUAGCCCAACUUCAAGUACACUAGACGACCCUGACUCUCACGAAAAAAUGAAACCCAAUGCUAUUCGUAAAAGGCCACAAGGAUUAGGGAAGGUGACAAAGCAGCCUAUUGCUGCAAAAGAACACAAUGCAACCAUUUCCAGGCCAUCCACUGGAACUAGCAGAAGUGUAAGAGCUUCGAUGGAUGUUAACAAAACUAAACAAGAAAAGAAUCCCAAAUUAACUGGGAGGAUUCGACCCAUUGUAUCAAAACCUGGAGUGCCUUCUAGAUCUGCCUUACGUUCUUCUUCAGUAGGCUCCAGGAAUGAACUGACAUCUUCUUGCUCUUCACUUGAGAGCUGUAUCAGUGCUUCGUCAAGCGCUUCUAAAAGGUCUCCGCUAGAGUCAGUAAAGCAGAAGAAAGCUCAGAAUUUAAGAAUAGUUUCGCAUUCUUUGGUCAACGGAUCCACAUCCAGAGCUGCAUCUAAACUUAUAGCCCAGUCUAGAGUUUCACCCUUCUCAGCCAGUAGCACAUACAAGCCUAGGCUUUCCUCUAAUGCAUCUUUUCUUAGUGCUUCUGUUGACUGGUCUUUUAACUCACCUCGAGCUUCUACACCUAAUAAAAUGGCUAAAGGUAAGAAGAAACCUCUAUCUGUUGGAGGCAGCCCUGGCAUUGAUGAUACAAAGACUCUCAAAAACUCCAAAGAUAUAUCUGCUGUCCAAGAUGACCAUAAGAGUGAAGGCACGGCGAGUUCAGCUUCCAUGAUGAAACCAACAGGACUCCGUGUGCCAUCACCAAAACUAGGCUACUUUGAUGGAGGGAGGAGCAGCGUUGCAAGAACACCCACAGGAACUUGUACUGGUCCGGGAAGUGGAUUGACAAAACAUGGAGCUCGUAGUAUGAAUGAACCAUCAACAACUUCUAGUAGGAUCAAGUCCCAACUCACAGGUUCUCGUCUUAUACAAGAUUCAAAAGCCAAGGCCAGGCCUGUUUCAAGGACUUCCAGGCUGAUUGUGUCGUCUUCGGCAAAGCUUACCAAAAAAACUUAUUCAAAAGUAAGUGCAGAGGAACAACUCAACGGUAAUCUAGCCCAGUGAUGAUGAAGUGAAGUAAAAUCACCUGCAACCUUAUUUAUAUCAUUAUCAUCAUAAGCUAUUAGGUUUAAGACCAGAUCUACAAGUAAUGUCUCAUGUGUAUAGCUUUGAUUUGCACUUGCUAUCUGGUUCAUAAAAAACAUAGCUUUAUUAUAUUAAUAAUAAUAAUUAUUAUAUUAUUCUGUUUUUGUACCGGAAACAACAAAGUUCAGGUGCAUAAAUGUUGAUUAGAGUUUCAGAUUAGUCUCUACUGAAAUGAAGCAAAAGCAGUUUGGUCUUUGCUU